AAAUUGGCCAAUUGUGUGUUCCAUUCCAAUCUUGAAUCUAAUUUUGCCAUCUGAGAAACAGAAUUCAAUAGUACUGGUUGACUAAAAUGGAUCCACCACCUCCGGCCGCUGCAGCAACGGCCGCCGCCGCCGGUCAGCACAACUAUCAGGAUUCCGUAGAGUCCUCGCCCCGCUCCCACAAUGCCGACUCGUGGGACGACCCUAUCGCGCCGGUUCCCGGCGCCAAGCUCCGCCUCAUGUGCAGCUAUGGCGGCCACAUUAUCCCCCGCCCCCACGACAAAUCCCUCUGCUACGUCGGCGGAGACACCCGCAUUGUCGUCGUCGAUCGCCAUUCCUCCCUCGCCGACCUCUGCAUGCGCCUCUCCCGAACCCUCCUCAACGGCCGGCCAUUCACCCUCAAGUACCAGCUCCCUCACGAAGAUCUCGAUUCCCUCAUCUCCAUUGCGACGGAUGAAGAUCUCGAGAACAUGAUCGAAGAGUACGACCGAAUCACCAUCGCUUCACCCCUGAAGCCUUUACGCAUCCGCCUCUUCCUCUUCUUCACGAAGCCUGAAACCGCGGCUUCCAUGGGGUCGCUGCUUGACGAUGCCAAACACGAAACGUGGUUCGUCGAUGCCCUAAAUAACUCCGCCGGGAUGAUUCCGCGGGGGCUCUCCGAUUCGGCCACAAUGGAAUGUAUGGUGGAUCUCGACGCGGUUCGGGAGAGUGAUUCGUGCAAUGAUUUGGAGAAUCAAGGUCGCGACUCUCUUGGGCAUACUGACAAACAGGUGGCGAAUAAUAGCAAUUCCGUCCAUGACGUGCAAUCCAUUCCCGAUUCUCCUGCGGUGGAAAAUGAUUCUUCGUUUGGCUCGUCUUCUUCGGUUCCGUCGAUGUCCAACUUGCCUCCGAUACGCGUCCGUGUGGAGGAGACGGAGGGCAGAGUUCAAGAUCCGAAGGUGGGACUGGAGGAGCAGUUUGGGCAGAUGAAUUUUGGCGUACCUCCACUUCCUACGGCCUUGGCUACUGGUGUAACUGUUCCAACAACUGCCAUUCCUAAUCAUGAAAACGCCAACCGUGCCUUCUCCGACGACGAGAGGCCGGAGCACGGUGGUCCGGUCGCGUUUCGGAAGCCUCCAUUGCCCUUACAGAUGUUGCAGAACAGGGCUGUUGCCGGUCCUGCCGUCAGCGGCGGUUUUAGUCUACCGUCGCCGGAUUCUGUUGCCAGCGAUAGUAGCAUAGCAUCUGCAAAUUCUCAGUCCAAACCCAUGUACUACCAAGACCAGAUUUUAAGAGACAACACAGUUCCAGGCAUUCCCAUUGCUGAAAGUGAUGGUUACAUGACAAGUCAACAAGUCCCAAUUCAACAGCUCCAUGACCCUACCUAUGUAUUAACUUCACAAUUAGAUCAGAAGCAGCCUCAACAACCACAACAAUUUGUCCACUCCACGACCCAUUACAUCCACCACCACCAUCCUGCAGCGACCGGGCAUGUCCCCGUUCAAUCGUAUUAUCAUCCUAUCUACACACAAACACCAUCUCAACAGCAACUCCAUCAUCCAAUUGAUCAGCAAUAUCCAGUCUAUAUUAUGCCCAUUGCACAGACUCAACAGGCCUACAACGUGCCUGUGCAAUCUAGUGCUGCUGAGACUCCAAUGGCUGCACCGAACCGGCAAGCAUCACCUAGUCCUGCCAUGGUUUCUUCUCCAGUUACCUACAAUGACAGUAAUCCGCCACCCCUCUAUGCCCAGAAGGCUGCUACCCCAGCAGCUAUGCAAGAAAUGGCAGCAAACAUGUACAGAACUGCAGUGACCUCGACUCCUCCUCCCUUAUUACAGGUUCCUCACAAUCAGUACCAGCAACCAUACAUGGGUCUUGCUCAAAUGAACUAUCCAUCUCAAUCUAUAGCUGUCGCUCCCUCGGGUGCGGCUAAUUAUGGUUUUGACUACACUAAUGCUCCAGCCCAGAACAUCACAGCUACCCCGAUGGCUUCUCAGUACCAAACCAUGAACCAGGCAGCAGCAGCAGCGGCUCUAUCAGACGCUUCUAGACAGCUUCCUGCAGAUGGCAAUCAGCAGCAGAUAAUCAGGUAAGACAAGUAAAUUAUGUGUUGUGUUUUACUCCCCCUUUUCCCGGAAAGACUUAUUAGUUCUUCCACAUUCGAUAAAAUAAUGCAAGCAAGCAACUGUAUUCUCAUUGAUGUAUCCUGUGCUUUUAACUGAAAAAUGAUGGAUAUUAUGGUAAAAAAUUUGUACCAUGCACUAUUACUCUGCUUUUAGAUCAGAUUGAGAGAAAACGUGUAAUACUACUGGUAUGGAAACUUUUGAAAGUUUAA